CCUCGAAACCAGACCGCUCGUCUCCUCGUCCCUUGUUAUCACCACGCCAUCCAGCCCACCGUCGCCCCACGCUGCGGCUGAUGAUCGGAAAGGCCCCUGCAAGUUCGGCAUUGAUUCCAGUAAAGCCUUGAGAGCGUGGGCCCGCCAUGGCCGCUAAUUCAACUUCGCGCUUGGCCGCUUCGGGCUUAAACGACCACGGAGGAACGCCCGCCGAACGAAGGCCUCUCCUAACGGGGAUUGCGAGUGCAGAACUAGCCCGCAACGAAAUCGGCGCCAACGUCGCCGGUGGAGGUUUCGACGAUGUUCAUGGGGCCGGGGAUGCCGACGACGACGACGAGGAAAGGGCAGUCGGUGGUGGCCAGGGGGGCACGUUUACCCGCAGUCUCGGCGCCGUCGAGGCGUUUGCCAUCGUCAUCAGCAUCGUCAUUGGCAGCGGCGUGUUUACGUCCCCCGGUUCCAUCGACACCAAUGUGCCGUCGCCGGGGGCUGCGCUGUUGGUCUGGUUGGUGGGCGGAGUUCUGGCCUGGGCCGGGGCGAGCACCAUGGCUGAGCUGGGCACUGCGAUUCCGGGCGAAGGAGGUGUACAGCCAUACCUCAAGUACAUCUUUGGGGAUGUGUUCGGUUUCUUGGCCGCCUGGACCUGGGUCGUCGCCGUCAUGCCUGCUACCCUGGCCAUACUGAGCAUCGUCUUUGUUGAGAGUAUCUAUUCCGCCACUGGCGUGACAGGCGAGGGAGACCGCAUUGGGCACAAGCUGGUCUCGGUUGCCGUGUUGGGCUGCAUCGGCGUGGCCAACUCUAUCAGCACCAAGGCGAGCACCCGGCUUAAUAACUUCUUUGUCGCCACCAAGUUUGUCACCAUCGCUGCCAUUGUCGUGGUUGGGGUCGUUGUGGCUUUCCUUCAGCUCGCAGACCCGAACCGGGACAUCGGCGGCGGCGACUGGGCUGAGAAGACAUGGUUUGGUUACAGGGACAGCAUUAACCCCGACGGCAGCGUCACUUAUUGGGACGGGCUGAGCCAGUGGGACAUGUUGGGACACUUGUCAACCGCUCUGUAUGCUGCCCUGUGGGGAUACUCGGGAUGGGACAAGGCGAUCUACGUCUCUGCCGAGCUUUCUGCCCCCGCCCGCCAACUGCCGCUCGCCAUCAACACUUCGAUUCCCAGUAUUAUCUUGUGUUUUCUCGCGGCGAACGCCGCCUAUUACAUUCUGCUGCCUUGGGAUGUUGUGGCGACGACGGAUAGUGUAGCAGUGACGGCCAUCACGCGCCUGCUCGGCCCAGCUUUGGGCAUUGUAGCGGCCGUCUUCAUCUGCUUAGUUGUUGCGGGCUCUCUUCUCGGAAAUUCGUUCGUCUCUGGCCGCAUGGCUGUUGCUGCGGCUAACCAAGGCUGGCUGCCUCGUUUGCUCAGCGUUGUCGGCCGGUUCGGAUUUGGGCGCGAAACCUCGCAAGUCAACAACCACAAGUCACUCAAGUCGGAUGCUCCGAUCAACGCGAUCAUCCUAUCAACCGUACUAGCCGCGGUCUACAUCCUUCUCGGCAACUUCCGAGCGCUCAUGACCUUCAACGGCCUGGGCGAGUACACCUUCUUCUUUCUGACGGUCAUGGGUGCCAUCAUUCUUCGGUACCGCGAGCCUGAUCUGAGAAGACCUUACAAACCUGUCCUCGUGAUCCCCGUCAUCUUUGCCCUGGUGAGCGGGUUUGUCGUCGUCCGCGGUGCAGCAUUUGCCCCGACCCAGGCUUUUAUUCUGGUUGGACUGUGGGCCCUGGGGUUGGCAUUCUAUUGUGUCCGGAGUCACUAUCGUGGGUGACAGAUUGCCAACGUGGUCAGUCAGUGGUUGGCGCCCAGGAUGGGACGAUUGAGGGCGAAGACGCGAAGUUGGCCGAAAUUGUACGGCUGCUUGGAUCGACACUUGAAACUCUGGUGCUAAUGAUUGCUUAUUAUUUUGAAGACACCUUAGGUUAUGUAGAUGUCAAUGAGAUGAAAGAAAGGCUCCA